AAAAAGAUAAAAACAAUUUCGUAUGUAAAGAGAAGGUCGCGGAAAUUUUCGUCUUCUACUUCUGUACAUAUAUUUAUGAAGUAUGGAGGUAUUAAAACGACAGAAGAAAGAAAAGAACAAAACUAAGCAUUUCAAUAUAGAGCAACAGAUACCAGAUGCUCCAACAUUGGAGGAAUUUGAGUGUCUGCUGGGUGAAUCACCUACAAAUUUUCCUAAGGGUGUAGGUAUUGAAAAUAUGGAAAGUGAAUUACAUUCAGCUUCGAUUGACACUGAAAUCUACGAACAACAGACUAUAGAAAGAGCUAUCCAAGAAGCAACCCAUAGUUUAGAAGUACCAAUUAACAAGGAUGAAAUUGAUUCUGUAUCAGCAGUUGUAGAGACCUUGGAAGAAAAAGAGGAGACAGUUGAAACAUUGGUCUCUACAAUGCACUUAGUAGAUGCUGUGCCUGAUGAUGAAGUUGUUAAUAAUAAAAGUGUAACAUCAAACACACAGCAAGCUACAUUGAAUACAUCAGAUGUAAAAAAUUUAACAUGUGAUAAACAAAUAAAAGACCAGCCAGACACUGCAAUAGAUAUCACAGAUGGCAUACGUACCACUAUUAAAGAAAUUGUACCAUUCACAGACAACCAGCUCGCAUCGCUGUACAAUAACCAAGAGUUAUCUUUGAUUGAUAUGUUUAUUUCAGAAUUCACAGAAACUCAACUGAGAAGUAGCGUAAUUCGACAGCAACAUAGAUUACAUGAGCUUUUAAUGAGCUAUCGCCGUGUAAGAAAUCAUUUAAUCAUCAACUCGCAUGAGUUGGAAAUUUUAAAAAAAACUUGUAGAGAAACGCAAAAUCAAUUAUGGUGCUUGGAGAAAGCCUAUAUUACGGAAGCAGGGGAAUGCCAAGACGGAAAUCCAGUUACUGCCACGCACGAAUAUUCCAUUGCACAUUUUAAUCAACAAGCAUUGGUAAUUCUCACGCGAACAUUAUCGACCAUAAAAGAUAUGCUGCAUAAUACCCAAGCAUUGUAUUGCUACGAGGCUGAAUUAUUAAGAUUACAAAUUGAACACUACAUACAAAGAGUAUGUAUCUCUUGUAAAGAAUUUACAAAUCUAUCUCAAAAUACACUUGUAAAUCUAAUGCCAGUAAACACACCUCUACAAAUAAUACCGCAAUUAGUGGAACUCAGAAUGUGUAUUACCAUAUUGUUUAAUUUUCAAAGAAAGUUAUUAAAAGAUGGAAAGUUCGUAACUGAUACUAGAGACUGGCUUACAAAGCUAGUGGCAAUUUUAUUGCGCGUGGCAACAUGGCAAGAUCAUUUAUUCAUAUUGAAUCAUAUUUUAAGAUGCCCUGGUGGUGUAAUGAAUUGGGCGUGUAAUUAUGUUCAGUUACCGGUGCCGCCACAUUUUGGUAAAUUAAGUUCAUCUCCAUUGAAUGAUCCAUACUUGGAUCACAUAAUAGCUACAUUGGCUAUUAUUCUAUUACCAGUUAAAGACAGAGAUAAAUUUCUUGAGCAGGUACAAAUGUCGUUACAAGAUACAGUGUGUAGUCCCGGUGAUACUGUUUGGGUAAUGUUAGACGAAGAAGGAGAAGAAGAUGAAGAUAUAGCUAAUAGCGGAGCGAACUUAUAUGAAAAUGAUCUUAUUUCUUUGUUAAAUCAAAUCCCUUUUAACAAAAUAUUUGAACACAUAUUGUACAUUCAGUGUCAGAAUGAUAGAUACCAUCAAAACGGAAAUUGUAUUACCCAUCAUCAUAUGCUACGAAUGAUCGCGUUUUUUACAGUUAUUGUUAAACUUUUAAAACAAGGCUUAAAAACAUAUGAUUCCCCAAGAUAUAGACAAUUAGCUAAACGCUUAAGUGCAUUAAUCAGAGAUAUCGUUCAAUACGCCAGUGAUCAGUGGGAGGUAUUUGAUAAAAGUCAGGUUAUGGAUGAAUCAACGUUGCUAAAACUUCAAGUGGAAUUCGACUGUUUUUUUCUGAGAGCGAUUCUUUGCAUAUUUUCUUCGCGUCGUUUAGGCGCAUGGCAAUAUUUAGCUGCUGUUCCAUAUCAUUUAAUAUCUUCAAAUACUUUGUGGCAGAUCUUUUAUAUUCUACACACUGAAUCUGCACAAGCAGACAUACACGUUUCUAGUAUACAGGUACAAGACUGGGAAAAUGAAUUAAAUUGUCCACAACUUCGUAAAAAAUUUGAAGAAAAAUUAAGUAAUAUGCCAGGAGAUGAAUCAUAUUACCUUUUAACAACUUUUGCUAAUAUGGCUAUGGCAAGAAUCGAUAAAGAUUACGAUUUUGUAAGAGCAACAACGAUCGAUUUAUUUCAAAUUGGAUUUCUCAGUGAAAAAACACAAGACUCUUGUUCAAAAGAUGCUCGAUCUCUGUUGUCAAACUUAACAAAUAAAUACCCAAUGCUUCUCUCAGAUAUUUUGCACAAACUAAAAGAUAACUUUGUAUCAGUUGGAAAGCUAAGUUUAUAUUUAUUUACCGAAUUAAAAAUAGAUAAAUGGAUUCCACAAGAACAAGAUAUAAUAAUUCUUUCGGAGUGGCUACAUCAAUACUCGUUGACAUCAACCGAAAAUUACUUAGCUCGUUUAGUUCUUACCCACUUGAACUGGGGUUUUGAUAAGAACGGUAGUUUACAUCUCCCCAUUGAAUUACAUAGACGUAUUGCAUUAUUAAUUGUUGAACUCACGAUGAAGUAUGUACCUGAUUUCCCUAAUCAAUCUGCAUCUUUGUUAGUUGAAGGUGUUAAACAGGUUUCGUCGAUGAUAAGACCUCAGAAUGCCGAACAUGCGUUUUCAUUAUGGGCAUGGGAAAUGAUUUCUAAACUGAGAUUACACCAACUCGAUCAAAGUGAUGCAAUUUGUCAAUAUUCGCUGAUGAAUCUCGCAGAAGCAUUUGCUUCUAUACCUGAUAUGAAUUCUGAUUCAUCUUUAGAAACUUUGAUGAUCGGUACACGAGAGAAACAACCGAUAGCGUGUUAUGUAGCGACAGUUAUGACAUUAUGGGGUCACUCUGUACCAUUGAUAUGUUCGAAAGGUUUCAGUCAAUUACAAAUAUUACAGUCUUAUUGUAAAUACGAACAAAUCCUUGUAUGUUUACAUCAUAUUAUACCAUUGUUCUUGGAAUGUGUUGACUCGUUAAUAAAAAAUCAGAAAUUUAGUAGCUUAAUUACGUCGCUAAUUGCGGCCGACAAAUCUUACAUGAACGUGGCUAAAAGUUUGAUAACAACUGAAUUUCCCGGAACAAUAUUGAAACAAUUUUCAAAUAUGAUACAUUCACAUUUAUUUAAUUAUAAAAGAUAUUGUUUACAAAAUCCAAAGAAUUUUGUAUACCUGUGGUUGAAUGUAUUGGUACUUGUACCAGACUGGAAUAAAGAUCAAAGUGUGAUGUAUUUGAUGGACACAGUGAUCAGUGCUGCGUUUUUUCAUGUGGAAGCAAGAGCAACAGUUGACAAUAUGUUUCAGAGUCUUUUUUCUAAUAACACCUCUAAUCGGAACGUGGUAGCAUCGUUCGGAUCAUUUUUCAACUGGGCUACCGGUUCUUCAAAUUCGACGAGUCUCUUAGGUGGAUCUAUACAAUCCAUUUGGGUUGCUCAUCAAAUACUGACAGUUGAACAAUACAAUAGAGAGAUUAAGAGUGGACUGUGGCGCGAAAUAUUACGAGAGUUGUCGGCACAGUCUAAAAUAUCAUUGGAUACUGCUAUUAAGCGAGCUUGUAUCACAGUAAAAAUGCAACCAUUCGGUGGUAACGCAUUAUUUAUAUAUCGUUGGUCUCAACAAGCACUAGAUACUCCUAUGGGUCAUCCUAUUCUUCCUCUUUUAUGGCAAAAUUUUUUCGCUUUAUUUCUUGCCAGAGUUCCGACGACGUCAGGAAUUAUCGAUCACGGAGGAAUCGGUGAAAAAUUUUUUGAAGGGAUGAUUAAUUUAAGUUACUUUAAGAAAUUAAAGAAACGACUUCACGACACUACCACAUAUUUUCAAUUGAAAGGAGAGAAAGAUAUGGAUGAUGGGAAACCAAUUACUGAUGAACGACGAACAUUUUAUUUUAACGCGGCAAAAUUUUAUAAAACGUUAAGCUUGUGGCUUGAAGAGCCAAGACUGCAAGAACCGGGCCUUUAUCUACCAGCAUUACCUCCGCAAUAUAUGUCACAAAAAUUAGUAAUGCUCGUUCAAGGCGAUUGGACUCCAUGGUUAGAAUAUGUUGAUUAUUGGGCAGUACAGCAAAACCAAAUAAAUGCAGUCCAAGAAUGGGAACGCAUAUGUUGCAGAGAUCGAGAAGAUCAAUACCGAAAAGGAGUAAAUACGCCAUUCGCAAUGUCAGAAAUAUCUGACCCUUUGCAAAGAAUUUUUAAAAGAUUGACUACAUACGAACAUCCCGUUCCGCCGCCAUCUUUAAAUCGAAAUCAAAAAAUGCCUAUUUAUAUACAUAAAGAUAGUUUAUACAACUAUAACUCAAUCAUGAAUUUAAUUCAGCCGUACCUUAAAAUUAUAUCAGAGUAUGCACAGACAUAUAACUUAAUGAUUUCUGAACACACGGCGGUAGAUUGUAGCUUUUUGGAAUUAGUUCCUACACUUUAUCGAGAAAUACAAAAUCAAGUAACACUACAUGCAUUAUGCGAUCCAGCACCAUCGGGUCAAACACGAUCUAGAUUAGGAACACCGCCUACUGUUCAUUGUGCUGGUCCAGCAGUAAUUAGGAUUAAGGUAGCCGAAGCUCACGUUAAUGCAGGAGUUGACGACGUGAUAAUUCAGAAUAGAGCGGAAUAUGAAAAUUUAUUAAUAAAGGCGAGUCAGCCGCCACCAAGUAAAGUCACUCAAGGAUGCGUUUUUUUAGACCAUGUAAUCGCAAUGUUCGAACAUGAAGUGACUCUUAGUCGAACCAGUGAACACACAACAGCGCUAAAUCAAAUACAAGAAAGUGGGGUUAAAUUAUUUUAUCAUCUCAUAGAAUGUUACACGGAAGAAGCAUCGUUGUGUCCACCAACGAAACAAGCUAUCACUACUUGUCUAGAAAAAUUGGGCCAAUUAUUUAUUAGCGGCGAAGAAAGUCAAGGUCCACAAUUAUUAAACACUCUAAUGCUGAGACCGAACCUUGGCAGUUUGCUUGGACCAUACUUUACACCUGUUGCUGGCGGUGCUUCAAAAUUUUUACAAAUGUAUCAAACAGUUGUCAAAUUAUCUACUGGAAAAAACGACGAUCUGUGUUUCGUAUUGCUAUCAAAAUUUGAUAUUAGCAGCUGGUUAAAUUAUAGACGUCCAAGGUUGAGCGAGCGAUCAACAUUCAUAGAUUUAGUAUCUAGCGCUCUUUGUAACAUAGGUUUUAAUCCAGAAGAAGAAAAAUUGGUUUUACAUGAGCUAUUCAGAAAUCAUUUACGACUGGUUUUACUACAUGAAUUUCCCGAACACUAUGGCGAAGUUUUGAGUGCUAUAUUAAAAAGUAGCGAAAGUCAAAACUUAUCGUUGGAUGUUUGGAGAGAUUUAUUAGGAACUCUUAGUGGUAAACCGAAAAAUGCAUUCGCAUUUCAAUCUACCAAAGUUAGAGACGAUAUUCGCCACUAUGCUACCGUGCAAAGGCUUCUUUCUCGGCAAGAGAUGCACGAUACAGCCAUAUUAUUGUGUAGACAUUUUAUGCAAGAGCGGUUACAGUAUGGUCUUUAUGGAUUGUAUCCAAAAUACAGAGUUUAUAACGAACCGUUGACGGUAUUUCUAGGUAUGGUAGGUCAUGCUCUUGUUGUGCUUACUCUUCAAUCCGAUAGAGGUUCGUUAGGAGAUCAAUUAUGCGAGAAAAUAUGGCCAGUCUUAAGUGAAAUGUAUGCACCUUGGAUUGCACCAUAUUGGACACGGAAUUUAAAGGAACCAACUGCCGCGUGGAUUCAACAACUUACAGAUGAUAGAUCUGUUCUAUUACCAUGGAUCGUUACAGAUGGUCCUUAUGCUAACAAAAUUGUAGCAAUGUUCGUUGAAUGUAUUCGUUUUAUUAUCGAUACACUGCCAGCGUCCAGCAAGAUUCUCUGCUUUGUAUGGCAGUUUUACGUUACUAACUUUGCACACGCUUCAAUUAAAAAUCAUAUUUUAAAUGUGAUUCAUGGCAAUCUUUUAUCGUUACCAUGGGACCGUUUUUAUCCGUCUGUAAACGACAUAGAAUUUAUGAUAAAAGUGAUUGACCAAUAUUUACCAGAUAGUCACUUAUUUCUUGGAAGUAUAUUUACGUGCCUGAAUUGGUCAGUUUGGAUCAACGAUUUUCUAGCGACACAGUCAUUGCCUAUCGCAGCAAGAAUGCACGUUUGUUUGUUAAAUUUGUUGGUGAAAUUAUCGAACGAGCCAAAUGUUAGACAGAAUGAUCGAACAGUUCAAUUAAUUACCGAAGCUGAAAAAUUUUCAUGGCAUUUGCUAGAUGCGAGCGCAUACGAUCAAAUAGUUAAUUGGUACGUCAUGAGUUGUGAUCCGAGAGUUAUUCUUUAUGUUGACGUAGAUCAAUGUCAUCCUAUAGAUAUUGCUGUGAAUAAUUUGUUAAAGAUAUCAGCAGGCUACGAUCCUUCUGUAACUCAUUUUCACCCGACUACAUUGAAGAAGAAGCAAAUGUAUAUUCGUUCUUCGGUAAAACUAUUGAUCAGUUGUGCAACUCGACAUAAGGCUUUGUUAUCUUCGAAUCCAGAAUUAUUUUCUAGCACGUUAGUAAGAAUGUUAGAUGAUAUGGAAGCUGUUAUGAAUACUGUUUCAGAAUCGCAACAAAUUGCCGAAGCAGGUUUGCUAAUAACGGAACUGCUUCAUGCUUUAAAUCAAAGUGGACUUCUUAUGGAACAUCUUCGUACCUGUUGGACCUCAUGGCUUUUGAAGAGGACAGCUGCCAGUCCGAUACUCAUGGGUGUACUUAGAGUAAUAACCAUAUCAGUUACUUCACCACCUAUACUUGGAGAAUUAAUGGAGGCUGCAUUGGAAUCAUAUUUUAAAAUUAACGUAUCUGAAAAAGUUCGACCUACUUGGGCUUCAGUGUUGACGGUUUUGCAAUCAAUGAUACCUCGCCAACCACCAGUAGAAAUUGUAUUAGUUUCCGACGGAAGGAUUCUCACGCUAUAUUCUAUUUUACUUAAACGACUUCCAUCGUGUCAAGACAUCAGAGAAGAAGGAAUGCUUCUUACAAAUCUGGUUGACUGGAUCUCUGCUCUAAGGCCAAUGGAUACUAAUGAAGAAAAACUCCCCCUCUUAUGGGCUAAAACCUGUGAACUCGUACAUAGACAAUGUCAAUACAGUGAUAAUACCGUAAUCGCCGCUAAAGCCCUUAAAGGUUUAGCACGUGUCUUAUUAACAAUGGCCGAUGAUGGGGGACAAGGGUGGGAUAUAUUAGGAGCUAUUGGCCUAAGAAAAGGAUCUGUCCUUUCUAUCAAGUGCAAAUUUUUAAGUCGUGCAAUUGGUGUAUAUUGCUUAGCACAGUUACCUGAAUCAAAAUCAGAACAGCAAAUAGUGAGGUUUACUCCUCACUCGCCUGGAGUAGCACCUUUAAGAACAGACGACGAUGAUUCAAUGGAAAUUCGACCUAGUACGGAAGCCAUCAAAGCUAUGCAAACGUUAGAAAGGCUUUUAAUAAGCAAACAAUAUACGGAACUUAAAGGAGACAUCGAACGUUCGAUCAGAUUAAUCAGAGAUUCUGCAAAUUCAAUACACAAUGCUGUUGCAGUUAUAGGUGUACUUGCAACGGAACUUUACAAACAAAGAUAUUUGCAUGUUUUAAUUGAGUAACCGGCGUUUUAAUUUUAUAUUAUCUAUCACUUUUUAUUAUACAAAUAUUACUAAUGUUUCUCUCUGUAGAUAUUUAAGUUCAAUUCAAACAAAGUAGUGUCUUUUAUAUGAAUCUAGUCAAAAAAUUAGUUUCAUAGUUAUGACUAUUUGGAAAAUAAGUUUUUUCCAAAUAGCGUAAUGUGUACAAAAUUUUAUUUUUUAUAUUCACAUGUGAUAUUAAUCUUCAUUGCAGGUUUACGAUGUAAAUGAUAUUCGACGAAUAUAUAUAUAUAAAACAAUUGUUUCAGCCAGUGUUGUUCACAAGUAGAUCUCACGCGUUUUUGCCUUCAUACACGCCACAUUGUGUUUGAAUAGUGCACGCACACAUAUCGCGGAAUCAAUCAGUGUUCCUCUAAAAUAGUAACGUUUGUGAGUUUCAGAGCUUAUGUUGAAUAGUACUGGCUUAAAAUGUUCUAGUUGUGUAAAACAUUUGCUAUGCAUUUUGUAUGCCUUUAAAUGAACAUCGACAAAGAACGAAACAUUAAGUAGAGGUGGUAAUGUUGUUAAUUUCUCACAAUUUUUAAUAUAAUAAUGACUACCUCUAAUUUUGACUGCUUUGU